UCUACAACCGGGUUAGUACGGCAGCGGAUGUGUGAUGCAAGCAGUUGUAAGGAUAUCCCCUCAACUUCUCUCAACAAGUUUGGAUAUUUUCUUUUAAAACAUUCCUGUCUGGAUGUACGAUUCUAGUAUCUGUUGUAAUACCGAUUUAAUCUGUGAGAUAGUGAAACUGUCAGUUUCCUCCUGUCUUCCUCGGUAGCUACCGUUAGCUGCUGGUCACUUAUCUACAUGGGAGCUAGCUGGUUAGCAUCCAAUCGAUUUUAAACGAUUUAACUUAUUUUUUAAGAGUUAUUUCUGAAAAGCGUAGUCUCUCCUCCCCUCGUCCUUGUCACAAACAAACCCCCAACCCCUGGGCCUCCCUAUGUACUUAUUUUGAAACACUGGGUGCCCGCGGAGUCACCCCACCUGAACCGUCCUGUUGACCGGAUCUAUCUUUAAAUGGCUACCGCAGCUCCCACUCCAGCCUCUGGCUCCACUGCGGCCACUGACAACCCAAAUCCCGGAUCCAGUAGCUCGUCUGCGGCCGACAGCGGCAACCAGGACAGCACUUUCGAGUGUAAUAUAUGUCUGGACACCGCCAAGGAUGCAGUUAUCAGUCUGUGUGGACACCUUUUCUGUUGGCCUUGCUUGCAUCAGUGGUUGGAGACAAGACCCAACAGACAAGUGUGUCCGGUGUGUAAAGCUGGCAUCAGCCGGGACAAGGUUAUCCCCUUAUACGGGCGGGGAAGCACAGGUCAACAAGACCCCAGAGAAAGAACACCUCCUCGACCACAGGGGCAAAGACCUGAGCCAGAAAACCGUGGUGGAUUUCAAGGCUUUGGUUUUGGAGAUGGAGGGUUCCAAAUGUCGUUUGGAAUUGGCGCGUUUCCGUUUGGUAUUUUUGCUACAGCUUUCAACAUCAAUGACGGAAGGCCUCCUCCAGCAGCUCCUGGGACACCACAGCACAUGGAUGAACAGUUUCUUUCUCGACUCUUCCUGUUUGUCGCUCUGGUGAUUAUGUUCUGGCUGCUGAUUGCAUAAGAGCAAUAAAAAAAAAAAAAAAGACAUCAUCAUGGUCUGCACCAAUCGGAUUCUGCCUUCCACCAUUAAUUGUUCUUUGACUAUUUUUUUGUCUUUUUGUCAACAAAGAUGUGAGAAGUUAAUGAAGAGGUUUUUUUUUUUUUUUUUUUUUUUUUUUAAAUAAAGCUACCUUUGCUGAUCCAAUAAUAACAACUCUUCAAACCAGAUGACCCUGGUUGCCUAAUGUUUCAUCUACACAUCCUUUGUAUUCAACUAACCAAAAUUCUCAUCAGCAAACAGCUGGUCAACUGGUUUGUCACGUCAGAAUAAAAGAGCGUAAGAGGUCAUCAUUCUUUCCACUUCACAUCACAUUUAUUAUUCAGAGUUGUUUUUUGUUAGUGUUCAAAUUAGACUCUGCAAAAUUCAAUAAGACACUGUGUGAUGUGCUUAUUACCUUUAUAUGCUGUCUAUCCCACAUAUUUUAUAAAGACAUUUAUACCAGCCUAUUUCUGGACACUGGUGCCCCGCUUGAGCCCCAUUAACCUCUUUAUUGACUAUGUUCACCUGUCAAGAUAUUUUCUGUAAAAAGAAAUAAUUAAACAGCUUUUCAUUCAGGCAUAUUUUUAUAAAUCACUGAAAAGGACCCUAUGGUAAAAACUAAUUACUAGCAUGUGCAUCGUCCAGAUCUUUCUGUUCACUGAUUAACUUAAGUUGGUUUCUAUUGUUUGUUUAAUCCUGCUGUGCUUGAUUUUAUAAAUUAAGCAUCUCAUCUGCUAAUUGAGAAGAAAUCCCACACAAAUCAAAACAAUGUCAUAAAUUGUCUUUUUAUUUUACAGAAAAUAACAUUUUUUUUCUUGCAUGUUAACAGUUGUAAGAUUAAUUUAUGAAAGUGUUCCUUUCCAAUCCAGAAAGUCUUUAAUUUCUGUAUUUUACUGUAAUUAAAAUCUCAAAUACUGUAUAUUAUUACAUAGUAGAAAUGAGCAGUGGUGUGAAUUCACUCUAUGUGAAGCUAUGUAAAUACAGAUGUUAAUCAGA